AACUUGGUCGGCUGCUGAAGCGUCGCCACCUAGUACACAUCCUCGCCGACGAUCGCGAAUCGAUGGCCAGCGCCGCUCGCUCAACCCGCCCGUCGACGCCGAGACGCGACGACGCUACUGCGACCUAUGGCUCGAGCGACCUGCGCUACGUGGUGCUCUGCAAUGCGCUCUUGCCCAUGCUCAUCUACUUCAUCGCGUCGAAGUACACGUCGCAGCUGAUCGCGAUGGCGCUGCAGUCGCUGCCGCCGCUGGGCCGCAUCGUGUAUCAGAUGCUCGUGCAGCGCAAGGCCGACGCGAUCUCACUCGUCCAAGUGUCGGCGAUCGUCGCGUGCCUCGUCCUCAUGACGCUGCUCGACGACCCGCGCGUCGCACUGCUCAAGGACCCGCUCACGUUCAUGUGCUUUGCCGUCGCCUUUGCGAUUCCGUUGGUGCACGACCGCUUCAACCUGCUCUGGAUCAAGUACCGCCUUCUGAACGAGACGUCGCCGGCGGAUGCCCAGUACCUAGACGAUCUCUGGUCGCUGCGCCCCGUGCGCCGGCGGUUCCGAGCGCUCUCGGCGCUCUGGGGCGUCGUCAUCUUUACCGAGGACUCGCUGCGCGUCUACUUGAUCUUUCACUGCUCGCUCGACCUCAUGGUGUACAUCUCGCCCAUCAUUGGCACCUCGUGUAUGUUUCUGCUCGUCGCGUAUACAUACCAGCACCUCCGCGCAUACGCGCCGCUCAAGGACGCCUCGGACGACGAAGUGCGACCGCUCCUUCGCGCCUAAGAGCUCCCUACAGUCGAUAAAGAGAACUGGGCUAAGAAAUCAGUGCCAGCUUCCAUGCGACUCUCGAUUGGGACGCUUGCACGAGUGACCUCGGUACAGCACUCGUCCCAGGUCGACAUGCGGGUUUCAGGCACAUGGGCGAUCGUCCACCGUCAUCGUGAGCAGAUCGGGUCCGUCGAGUGGUCCUUCCUGCCUGGUCCACGUUGCAUACGAUGAGUGCAUACUACUUGCCGG